AUGGCAAACUCUCUCAGGAACGCGGAGGAAUUUAAUCAGAUUCAGGGCGUCGUGGAUCGUCUCGUGAAGGACGCCAAUGCAAAAGUAACAUUCAUUGUCGAUAAUAAGGGGGAGCUUUGUGCCGCAAGCGGAGAUGUUGACAAUCUGGACACCACGUCUCUUGCAAGCCUCACUGCAGAAAACAACGUCCCGGCGGGCGGAUUUGCGAAGCUUCUCAAAGAAAACGAAUUUGCGACAAAGUUCUCCGAGGGCGAAAGAAGCAACGUUCACAUUCAACUUGUUGGGAAUCGCGUUGUCCUAGUCGUGCUGUUUGACAGCAAAUCGAGCCUGGGCCUGGUCCGACUCCGUGUUCGCAAGGCAAGCGAGGAGCUUACUCAUAUUCUCGAGGCUCUUGUCAAAAGGACAGGGACUGAUGCGGAUCCCGUAUUUGCAGAAAUCACUGAUGAAGACAUUGAUAAUCUGUUCAAGGAGUAG